CUUUUUGUUUUCCCACCUUGGUUUUAGGAUGUACAGGGCAAGAGCGAUCGUAAACAGCCUCACCGGAGUCCAGGGACACUUCGCGGGGUGGCUCCUCGUCAAGAACACACCGGGGGUGCUUAGCUGCUCGACGGUGAGGAGCUACAAUGUGCCCGCCGCCUCCGAACCCUUCCUGAAUGGGAGCUCCAGCCAGUAUGUGGAGGACAUGUACAAUGCCUGGCUGGCGGACCCCUCGAGCGUCCACGCGUCAUGGGAUUCGUUCUUCCGGAAUUCCGCCUCCGGCGGGGCCGGUUACCAAUCGCCCCCAUCUUUAGCCCCCCUUGGCCGAAACGAAGUUCCUGUAACUUCGUUCUUGCCGGCUUUGGGCGGUGCCACCGGUACGGGGGCUGUCAGCGACAAAGUCAUCGACGAUCAUUUGGCCGUUCAAGCGAUCAUCAGGAGUUAUCAGAUCAGAGGACAUCACAUAGCUAAACUGGACCCGUUGGGCAUCAACAGUGCCGAUUUGGACGACAGGACACCACAGGAAUUGCUCUAUUCCCAUUACAGUUUCGACAGCCCCUCGAGGACCUAUUCUGGAGAAUUGAAGCGCCAGGUCCAGCAGUUCAUGAAACAGGAUGACGACAUGGAUCGGGUAUUCAAAUUACCAUCAACGACUUUCAUCGGUGGCAAAGAAAAACAAUUACCUUUGCGUGAGAUUCUUCGUCGUUUAGAAUUGACUUAUUGUCGUCAUAUCGGUGUCGAAUUUAUGUUUAUCAACAGUUUGGAACAAUGUAAUUGGAUAAGACAACGAUUGGAGACUCCCGGUGCUAUGGAGAUUAGCGCCGAUGAGAAACGAUUGAUUUUGGCCCGAUUAACACGAGCCACGGGAUUUGAAUCAUUUUUGGCUCGCAAGUGGUCGUCUGAAAAGCGUUUUGGUCUUGAAGGUUGCGAGAUUCUGAUUCCUGCAAUGAAACAAGUUAUUGAUAAAUCGACGGAAUUCGGUGUCGAAAGCAUCGUCAUGGGUAUGCCGCAUCGUGGACGUCUCAACGUCCUCGCCAACGUCUGUCGCAAACCUUUGCAUCAAUUAUUUACACAAUUUGCCGGUUUAGAAGCUGCUGAUGAUGGUUCCGGUGAUGUCAAGUACCACUUGGGUACCUACAUCGAGCGUUUGAACCGUGUCACGAAUAAAAACAUUCGAUUGGCCGUUGUUGCAAACCCUUCACAUUUAGAAGCUGUUGAUCCCGUCGUCCAGGGUAAAACUCGAGCCGAGCAGUUUUACCGCGGCGAUGGCGAGGGUAAAAAAGUCAUGUCGAUUUUAUUACACGGCGAUGCGGCUUUCUGUGGUCAAGGUAUCGUUUUCGAAACGAUGCAUUUAUCGGAUUUGCCUGAUUAUACCACUCAUGGGACGGUUCAUAUUGUUGUUAAUAAUCAAAUUGGGUUUACCACCGAUCCGAGACACUCUCGAUCAUCGGCGUAUUGUACUGAUGUGGCACGUGUGGUUAACGCACCGAUUUUCCACGUGAAUUCCGACGAUCCAGAGAGUGUAAUGCACGUGUGUAAUAUGGCGGCGGAAUGGCGGGCCACGUUCCAUAAAGAUGUCGUCAUUGACAUUGUUUGUUACCGCCGAAAUGGGCAUAAUGAAAUCGAUGAGCCGAUGUUUACACAACCACUCAUGUAUCGAAAAAUUCGUAAUACCAAACCGGCGUUGGAAAAGUACUCUGAACAAUUGGUUAAAGAAGGUGUAGUAACACAAGAAGAAGUGAAAGAUGUGAAAGAGAAAUAUGAGAAGAUUUGUGAAGAAGCACUUGAAAGUGCACGCAAAGAGACACAUAUCAAAUACAAGGAUUGGUUGGAUAGUCCAUGGUCGGGUUUCUUUGAAGGAAAGGAUCCAUUGAAAGCGAGUCCUACGGGAGUGAAGGAGGAUACAUUGGUGCAUAUUGGGAAAAGGUUUUCAUCGCCGCCACCAAAUGCCGCCGAGUUUGUGAUUCAUAAAGGUAUUGAAAGGAUUCUGAAGGCUAGGAUGGAAAUGGUUGAAGCGAGAACCAUUGAUUGGGCAUUGGGUGAAGCUAUGGCUUUUGGGUCGUUGCUCAAGGAAGGGAUUCAUGUGAGACUGUCGGGACAGGAUGUUGAACGUGGAACAUUCUCACAUAGACAUCAUGUUUUGCAUCACCAGACUGUGGAUAAGGCUACCUACAGGCCUUUGUGCAACUUGUACCCCGACCAGGCCCCCUACACCGUAUGCAACAGUUCCUUAUCGGAAUUCGGCGUCCUCGGCUUCGAGCUGGGCUACUCCAUGACCAACCCCAAUGCCCUCGUCAUCUGGGAGGCCCAAUUCGGCGAUUUCAACAACACAGCUCAAUGCAUUAUCGACCAAUUCAUCUCGUCUGGUCAAGCCAAAUGGGUGCGUCAGAGCGGUCUGGUCAUGCUCCUCCCUCAUGGUCUCGAAGGCAUGGGUCCGGAGCACUCCAGCGCCCGUCUCGAACGCUUCCUCCAGAUGUCCUCCGACGACCCGGAUUAUUUCCCACCCGAAAGUGACGAAUUCGCCGUUCGACAACUCCACGACAUCAAUUGGAUUGUGGCGAAUUGCACCACACCGGCGAAUCUUUUCCAUAUUUUGCGACGACAAAUCGCCUUGCCCUUCCGCAAACCGUUGAUUUUGAUGACACCGAAAAGUUUGUUGAGACAUCCGGAAGCUAGGAGCAGUUUUGAUGAGAUGUUGGAGAAUACUGAGUUUAAGAGGAUCAUCCCGGAUGAGAGUCCAGCGAGUCAAAAUGCGCAAAAUGUCAAGAAGGUGCUUUUCUGCAGCGGAAAAGUUUAUUAUGACUUGAGGAAAGCCCGCGAAGAGAGGAAAUUGGACAACGAUAUUGUCAUCACUCGUGUGGAACAAAUUUCGCCGUUCCCUUACGACUUGAUUAAAAACGAGUGUGCCAAAUACCCCAAUGCACAGUUGUGUUGGGCCCAGGAAGAGCACAAAAACCAAGGUUCUUGGAGUUAUGUCCAGCCGCGGUUCGAGACGGCUUUGACCGGUUCCCGGGAUGUUAUUACGGAUAACCAAGGUUGGUUCGCUAAAAUUUUUGGUAAAAAGCCAAAACCUCAACCAGUGACUGAAACUGAAACUUUACCAGAGACUAGAGUCGUUAGUUACGUUGGGAGACCCACCGCCGCUAGCCCCGCCACCGGAAGCAAAGCCCAGCAUUUGAAGGAGUUGUCGAACCUUUUGGACGACGCGAUGGCUUUGUAGAUUUAUUAAGCGUUGUAAGAAUAAUAUUUAUUGUAGUGUCACUUUAUUUAUUUUAGAAAACAGUUUAAAGGCACUGAAUAAGUUUAAAUGUAAUUAUGUAAAUAGCGGCACCAAUACUGUGUUUGUUUUACGUUUAAAUUUUUCAAAUUUUAAAUCUAGUAUUAAUACUCGAUCCACAAAGAACGGUUGAGGUUAAAGAGUAUUUUAAAAUGUUAUUAUUUAUUGUAAGGAUGGAUAUUUUUGAAUGACACUAUUGCUUAACUA